CGAAAUCGGCAUCGACUCAUUCGUCACCAUCUUCACUCUCCCUCGCUCUCAACGUCGCACCACAACGUACGCCCUCUGUGUUUCUUCUUCUCCUUCUUCUUCUCCUUCUUCUUCUCUCUCCGUCGGUUGAGCCUUUGCUUUGGCGUUACACUACGGUCUCGACUCUUCUCCCCCAUCCCCCUGUCCGGCAACCUCGCACUGCCCCGGCACAUGGACGCCUGAUCGCUGCCCGGUGGUCGCGGAAGCGUCGCGCUGAAGACGACCUUCCGGCCCUCGCGGCGAGGUUUCUUUCCGAGGGUGAAUCGCCGUUUGGCCUCGGAAUUGGUUCCGCGUUUGCCCGACUCGUCGAGCUCGGGGGCGGGACAGUGAUCCAUGUCUCAUCCGGUUGAUCGGGUCGUGCGAGCAUGCUCUGAGGAUCUCUCUGGUCAUGAUGAAAGAAGAGAAAGGAAGUCUGAUUUUGAGACUUCAGAGGAUGACCGCAGGACAAAGAUUGGUAAUCUGAAGAAGAAAGCGAUAAAUGCGUCUAGUAAGAUCAGACGCUCUCUGAAAAAGAAAGGCCGAACGAAAAGUGAUCCUCGUGUUAGUACUGUUUCAAUUGAGGAUGUUCGCGAUGUAGAGGAGUUAAGGGCUGUAGAUGCAUUUCGGAGGGCACUUAUUUCUGAUGAAUUGCUACCUUCAGGACAUGACGAUUAUCAUAUGCUCUUGAGAUUCGUGAAAGCAAGGAAAUUUGAUGUUGAGAAGGCAAAAUGCAUGUGGGCUGACAUGAUCAAAUGGAGGAAAGAGUUUGGCACAGACACCAUUCUCGAGGAGUUUGAGUUCGCUGAGAUGAAUGAAGUCCUAAAGUACUAUCCUCAGGCUUAUCAUGGAGUUGAUAAGGAGGGAAGACCUGUUUAUAUAGAAAGACUGGGAAAAGUUGAUGCUAGCAAACUAAUGCAAGUAACUACCAUGGAUAGAUAUAUCAGAUACCAUGUUCAGGAGUUUGAAAAGUGCUUUGCGAUCAAGUUCCCAGCUUGUUCGAUCGCUGCUAAGAGGCACAUUGAUUCAAGUACAACAAUAUUGGAUGUGCAAGGAGUGGGCUUCAAGAAUUUAACCAAGCCUGCUCGAGAACUUAUCAUGCGGUUGCAGAAGAUUGAUAGUGACAAUUACCCAGAAACACUUUCCAGAAUGUUCAUCAUUAAUGCUGGCCCUACUUUCAAGCUUGUCUGGAACACAGUGAAGUCUUUUCUUGAUUCCAAAACUACUUCCAAGAUACAUGUUCUCAACAACAAGUAUCAGACCAAAUUAUUGGAAAUAAUUGAUGCUAGUGAACUACCAGAAUUUCUCGGUGGUAGCUGCACUUGUGCUGGGCAGGGGGGUUGCCUAAGGUCUGACAAGGGGCCCUGGAAAGAUCCCAGCAUUUCCAAGAUGGUUCUUAAAGGUGAAGCACAGUGUUCUAGACAAAUUGUGACAGUCUCAAGCUGUGACGGUAGAAUUGUUGCUCGUGAUAAACCAACUCGUCCAAUGAUUAAAACAAGUGAUACAUCUACUGCCGAGUCAGGCUCUGAAGUGGAAGAAAUUGUGUCUCCAAAAGCAACCGGGAGCUAUGCACUUCCAAUGUUGACCCCGGUCUGUGAAGAAGCAAAGAUGAGGAAUAGGCCAAGCUACGCUAGCCAUGGCAUGGUCUAUGAUGAGUAUGUGCCAAUGGUCGACAAAGCUGUGGAUACGGCUUGUGAAAAGCAAGUGCCACUUCAGGAACCACAUGUUUCAGGGAUGGAUCCUCUGGUGGCAGAAAUUAGAACUGUGGAGGGGUUUAAUGGCCGUGUUUAUGCUGUGAUCAUGUCCUUCUUGUUAGCCUUGUUUGCUCUUUUCCAUUCAGUCCCAUACUGGGUGAUUAAGAAACUUCCCAGCCGCAUGUCCCGUAAUGCUCACGAUAUUCUCGUCUCCACCAUUCAACCCAGUGAGGUGUCACGUCCCCCUUCUACUGCACUAACCUAUGCGAACAUAGAGCUACUCUCAUCAGUCUGGAAGAGGCUGGGCAGACUUGAGCAGAGGGUAGACAUACUUCUGGCAAAGCCCCAUGCAAUGCCUCAUGAGAAAGAGGAGUUGCUGAAUGCUGCUAUUUGCCGUGUAGAUGCUCUAGAAGCAGAGCUAAUUACUACGAAAAAGGCCUUGUAUGAUGCGCUAGCGAGGCAAGAAGAACUCCUCGCAUACAUAGACAGUCAAUCAGCAGCAAAGGCGCAGAAAAGUUCAUGCUGGGGAAGAGAUCGUUCCUAACGUAUGGACAGCAUCCUAGUCAAGCGUGAGCUGGUUGGACACUUACUGUUACGGUCCCACACCGAGAUACACACUAUUGUCUACUACAACGAGGCUUUUUUCACGCUCAUAUCACUACCAGCACUGCUUUUCCUUUUUUUUGGUCACAUAUAUGCAAAUAAGAGCUCCAUUUAUCGUUCUCUAGCAUUCUGUAUUUCUCUGAGUGCUGCUUCAUUAACAUGUGAAACUGCUGAUGCUAUCGCCAUAUCCUAGAGCAACCUUUCAUCUGUUUCACCGAAAGCACAACUUCUCCUGCCUGUCCUAUCGCAAAUAAAAGGAUACUGUCAUAAGAGUACGUUCUUUCUAGUUCUCCACUAUUUAGACGUGCUGCAUUUGAUGAUCUGCCCUCCCGGAGUCAGCACCUUUGUGAAGGAUUUGAAGCAGUAUGUGCUGUCACGGAUGGAAGGAGUAUGCACCAUCACGCAACACAAAAUAUGGCAAAGAGGGUGAAAUCCAAACGAGUCAUGGACUCGAGAAACUGGGGGGUACCUCCUCGUCUGCAACGCGUUGUCAACCACUGGCUCAGCUUCCUUUCUAUCGGUUGGUGUUGAGUCCAGUCUUCUCCUAAAUGUGUAAUCUGUUCAAAUAGUGAAUUGUCAAUCGGGUUUAGAUGGACGCUACAUUCAUAUAAUCUCUAUUUACAUGGAGAUUUAAGCUUUUAAAAUAGUCGGGAGUUGUCUCCUGAGAUGUUUGACAUUAUAUUUACAGUCAGGUUCUGCCUUGGGUAUAUUUCACCUGCGAAA